AUGCCUUCGCUCGCUACAACCGCAUUCCUUCUGGCCAAUGCCGGCCUGAGCAUCGCGGCGCCUGCCGUGUCCAGGCGCAGCACUGGACCAACGUGCUCAGACAUCAACCUGACCGUCACCAUCACCGCCCAGAACCACGCCGUGCCGCAGUACCUCCUCGACGGGCUUGACUCGGCCAGCCUGACGCCGAGCGGUCUCGAGUCGCUGCUCAACGGCGUCGGCAACGAGCUGCAGCUGGCGCUGGUCAACGGCACCUACAACAUCGCCGGCCUCUACUGCGAGCCCGAGGUGCAAGUGGCCGGACGCGAGAACACGGUGCAGCUGCUGGUGCACGGCAUCACCUUCGACCACCACUACUGGACGGGCGGCGUGGGCGGCACCGACGACCAGUACUCGUGGAUUGCCCACGCCUCCAAGCAGGGCUACGCCACCCUGGCCAUCGACCGCCUGGGAGCCGGCGCCUCGGACCACCCGGACCCCAUCACCGUCGUGCAGAAGCCGACGCACGUCGAGAUCGCCCACCAGGUCGUGCAGGCCCUGCGCGGCGGCAAGGUUGGCGGCCGCCAGUUCUCCAAGAUCGCCUACGUCGGCCACUCGUACGGCUCGCUCAUCGGCAACACGCUGGCCGCCCGCUACCCGGCCGACGCCGACGCCCUGGUGCUGACGGGCUACACGAGCGAGAUCAAGCAGUCGGUCGCCGGCGUCGUCAUCACCCCCGGCGGCGCCCCGGCCGCCCUCGUCGACCCGGCCCGCUUCGGCAAGCUCAGCCUGGGCUACUCGCUCAUGACGCUCGAGGCCGGCGCCCGCUCGCUCUUCUACACCAGCGACUCCUCCAACUGGGACGCCGCCGUCGUCGCCAACGACUGGAAGAACCGCCACACCUUCACCCAGGGCGAGGCCAUCAGCACCUUCUUCGUCAACGACGUCGCCGACGACUUCGACAAGCCCGUCCUCGUCCUCACCGGCCACGAGGACCAGAUCUUCUGCGGCCUCGCCCUGCCGCUGCUGGGCCCGGGAGACUGCACCGGCUACGGCGACAAGACCGCCCGCCUCUUCCCCAGCGCCGACUACCGCUUCCAGGACGUCGCCAACACCGGCCACGCCAUGAACUUCCACUACACCGCCGGCGAGACCUUUGCCGCUGCCCACGACUUUUUGGAGGGCGCUGGCUUUUAA